CAGUAUCUCUCAACGUCACUGCUUGUGGAACGGUCCUUUCGGCGCUGACGGUGUAAGACUGAGCAUCGUGAACUGAAUUCCUGCUUGGGAAUUAUCUUUCAACCUUCAAAAUGGUUAACUUCACAGUAACGGAGAUCCGUGAUCUCAUGGAUCAUAAACGCAACAUCCGCAACAUGUCUGUGAUCGCCCACGUUGAUCAUGGCAAGAGCACCCUCACCGACUCCCUGGUCUCCAAGGCUGGCAUCAUUGCCUCCUCCAGGGCGGGUGAGACGCGCUUCACUGACACCAGAAAAGAUGAACAAGAACGAUGCAUUACCAUCAAGUCUACGGCCAUCACCAUGUACUUCAAGCUGGACGAAGCCACGCAGGAGUUGAUCACGCACCCUGACCAGCAGGAGAAGGGCGAGAGCGGCUUCCUUAUCAACCUGAUCGACUCCCCCGGCCAUGUGGACUUCUCAUCAGAAGUCACGGCCGCCCUUCGCGUUACUGACGGCGCCCUUGUGGUUGUCGACUGUGUUUCAGGCGUUUGUGUCCAGACGGAGACAGUGCUGCGGCAGGCGAUUGCUGAGCGCAUCAAGCCUGUGCUCUUCAUGAACAAGAUGGACCGCGCCUUGCUGGAGCUGCAGCUGGAGCAAGAGGAGCUCUACCAGACAUUCCAGCGUAUUGUAGAGAACGUGAACGUUAUCAUCGCUACGUACAACGAUGACACCGGCCCCAUGGGUGAGAUGCGUGUGGACCCCAGCAAAGGCUCCGUGGGCUUUGGUUCUGGUCUGCACGGAUGGGCUUUCUCCAUCAAGCAGUUCGCUGACAUCUACUCCAGCCUCUUCAAGGUCCCGACCGCCAAACUCAUGACCAAACUUUGGGGUGAAAACUUCUUCAACAAGAAGACCAAGAAGUGGGCAAAGAGUAAGGACAAUGACAACGAGCGAGCAUUCAACAUGUACGUCCUGGACCCGAUCUUCAAGCUGUUCGACGCCAUCAUGAACUUCAAGAAAGAAGAGACCGCAAAGCUGCUGGAGACGCUGAAAGUCAAGCUGCCCGUUGAGGAUCGUGACAAGGAAGGCAAGGCUCUCCUGAAGGUUGUGAUGCGCACGUGGUUGCCUGCUGGCGAGACCCUCUUCUACAUGAUAACCGUUCAUCUGCCUUCACCUGUCACCGCCCAAAAGUACAGGGCUGAGAUGCUCUACGAAGGACCAAAUGACGACGAGUCUUGCAUCGGCAUCAAGAACUGCGAUACGGACGCACCGCUCAUGAUGUACGUCAGCAAGAUGGUGCCCACCUCUGACAAGGGCCGCUUCUACGCUUUUGGCCGCGUCUUCUCCGGCAAGGUAUCGACUGGCCAGAAAGUGCGCAUCAUGGGCCCCAACUACGUGCCUGGCAGCAAGGCUGACUUGUACGAGAAGGCCAUCCAGCGCACCAUCCUGAUGAUGGGCCGCUUCGUGGAGGCCAUUGAAGACGUGCCUGCCGGUAACAUCUGUGGUCUUGUGGGAGUAGAUCAGUUCUUAGUGAAGACCGGUACCAUCUGCACCGCCAAGGAUGCGCACAACAUGAAAGUCAUGAAGUUCAGUGUGUCGCCCGUGGUGCGCAUUGCCGUUGAGCCUAAGAAUCCCGCUGAUUUGCCCAAGCUUGUCGAGGGUUUGAAGCGUCUGGCCAAGUCUGACCCUAUGGUACAGUGCAUCAUUGAAGAGUCUGGAGAGCACAUCAUUGCUGGCGCUGGUGAGCUUCAUCUUGAGAUUUGCCUCAAGGAUUUGGAGGAGGACCAUGCCGGUAUCCCCAUCAAGAAGAGCGACCCCGUUGUGUCUUACAGGGAGACCGUAUCAGAGGAGUCAUCAGAAGUUUGUUUAUCGAAGUCUCCGAACAAGCACAACCGUCUGUACAUGAAGGCUUGCCCAAUGCCUGAUGGUCUUGCCGAUGCUAUCGAGGCUGGCAAGAUAACGCCCCGUGAUGACCCUAAGACGCGUAAGACUGUUCUCUGCAACGAGUUCGGCUUCGACGCGACCGAUGCCAUGAAAAUCUGGACUUUUGGCCCAGAAUCCACUGGAGCCAACCUGUUGGUGGACACGACCAAGGGCGUGCAGUACCUUAACGAGAUCAAGGACUCGUGCGUGGCAGGCUUCCAGUGGGCCACAAAGGAGGGCGUACUGUGCGACGAGAACAUGCGCAGCGUGCGUUUUAACAUUCAGGACGUGACUUUGCAUGCUGACGCCAUCCAUCGUGGAGGCGGACAAAUUAUCCCAACGUGCCGUCGUGUGCUCUACGCCUCUGUGUUGACGGCCUCACCUCGCCUUCAGGAGCCCGUUUACCUCUGCGAAAUCCAGUGUCCCGAGGCUGCCGUGGGUGGCAUUUACGGUGUGCUCAACAGGCGUCGCGGUAUUGUUUUUGAGGAGAUGCAGGUGCCCGGCACCCCCAUGUUUGUUGUCAAGGCGCAUUUGCCCGUCAACGAAUCGUUCGGCUUCACAGCUGAUCUACGCUCAAACACUGGCGGUCAGGCGUUCCCGCAGUGCGUGUUUGAUCACUGGCAGGACAUGCCUGGCAAUCCCAUGGAUGCCAACCCUUCCAACAAACCCUUCAAUAUUGUCUGCGAGACCCGCAAGAGGAAGGGACUCAAGGAAGGACUGCCCGAAUUGGCCAACUAUUUGGACAAAUUGUAACUGCUACUUGCAGCACGAGCGUUCUUUUAUUAUUAUCUCGUACAUGGACCUCCUGUUUCGUAGGUUUAUAUUGUAAGAGGUAAAAUAAAGGGAAAGAAAAAAGUUGAAAAAUUUUCGUAUUUAACCUCCUCGUAAUGGUUCAGUGCCUCUUAGUGUGGGCGUUCUGCGUAUGCUCUCCUAAAUAUGGCGUUUCUAGCACGGCUAAGCAUAUUUUAUAUUAAAUAUACUACCAAAGGUA